AUGCCCCACCCCACUGCUGGGUCUGUAAAGAUGGCACCAAGGUCUUGUCCUAACACCCCCACUCAUUCUUCUAGGAGCCCCAAAUUUCCACCCCACAAGCACUCAGGGAGUCCCCCUUUCUCCUGGCAGCCCCCACUACUGUGCAUUACCUUUGCUGGGGGCAGGGCUGGGAUGGAGCCAGCAAGGAAGGGGGCAGUAAAGGAAGGGGCUCCUCUCCGGCAGCCGAUGCUCGGUGCCACACUGCCAAGCGCCCGCCCCGCUGCGUUCCUGAGCACGCACACACCCACAUGCACACACCCACACGCACACACCCACAUGCACACACACACGCACACACACAUGCACACGCACACACCCACAUGCACACACACACGCACACACACAUGCACACGCACACACCCACAUGCACACACCCACACGCACACACCCACAUGCACACACCCACACGCACACGCACACACCCACAUGCACACGCACACGCACACACCCACAUGCACACACCCACAUGCACACACCCACAUGCACACGCACACACCCACAUGCACACACACACACACACACACGCACACGCACACACCCACAUGCACACACCCACACGCACACGCACACACCCACAUGCACACACACACGCACACGCACACACCCACAUGCACACACGCACGCACACGCACACACCCACAUGCACACACCCACGCACACGCACACACCCACAUGCACACACCCACAUGCACACGCACACACCCACAUGCACACGCACACACCCACAUGCACACCCACACACACACACACGCACACGCACACACCCACAUGCACACACCCACAUGCACACGCACACACACACAUGCACACACACGCACACACACAUGCACACGCACACACCCACAUGCACACACGCACACACACGCACAUGCACACGCACACACAUGCACGCACAUGCACACACCCACAUGCACACGCACACACCCACAUGCACACACGCACACACACGCACAUGCACACGCACACACAUGCACGCACAUGCACACACCCACACAUGCGCACACGCACACACCCACAUGCACACACGCACACAUGCACACAUGCACAUGCACACAUGCACAUGCACACAUGCACACGCACAUGCACACUCACACACAUGCACACACGCACACACACACACGCACAUGCACACACACGCACACGCACACACGCUGGGAUGGGACCAUGGGGCUUGCUGGUGGGGUGGGCGUGGGGUGCAGCUGUACUGUGAACUGGAGCCCCUCUCAAAUAAAAGGCUGGAUGGAACUUGUACCCGGUGGCCUCUCUCCGUCCACGGCCAGUGUGUCGGCCCCCCGCCCCGUCACUCGAAACCCCGCAGCGGGAUCGCUGCUCCUUUAUGAGGCGGGGCCAGGCCGUUGCUGUGGAGACCUCCGCGGCGUGCGGGGACACCGGAGCCCCACCCGGGCAGGUCCAGGGACCGGGAGGAACCUCCAGGAGAGGCAUGGAGCCCCCCGCCGAGGGCCGGCAAGAGAACUCAGCUCUCACGGAGAAAGUCUCCGAGUUCCUGCGCCUGAUCGCCAGGGGUGCCUGUGCCUCUGGACAGGACCGGAGGAGUUAGAGCGCUGCUUGUUCGCCGAGACGCUGGAGGUGGUGGCGGCGGGGAGCCCGCCAGGGGAGCAGAGAGGGGCCCAGUGGUGGGUUGCAGCCCAGUGGGCACCCUAUGAGCAGCCGGGCGAGCCUGUGAGCAGCUGCCUCCUGGUGCAGGCCCACGGCAGGCAAGACGGCGUGCCCGGCUCCAAGACCCUCAAAGCCUAUGUGACCCCGCAGCUGGAGACCUUGGAGCAGGAGGAGCAGGAGCGCCUGGAGCUAGAAGAACAGCCUGUAGAGAGGAGGACUCACAUAAUAAGCCACCAUCAUGGGAUGACUGUCACAAAGAUCCUCCAGAAGGGAGAGGCAGAGCCACAGUGCUGGAGUUUCUCCUACAGCCAGGCCAAGCUGCAGGGGCUGCUGUUGGAGGGUGCCAGUCUGCUGCUGCUGCGGGUGCUGGCAUGCCGGCAGAUAGUGCCCCCCAGCCUCAUCUUCCCAGCCAUCGACACUGAAGGUCACCUCUGUACCUCCAGCUAUCGUGCCCUAGGCAUCCAGUGGCAGACAGUGGGCUCAGUGGAGAUGGAAGUGUUUGUGAUUGAGCGAACCCUGCACAGUGGCACAGGCAUCUCCACUGUCUCGCACAGCAGCUUCCUCCCCAGUGGGCAUCUGGCACGGCUAGUGCAGGUCGGCUGCCCAGUUGUAAUGCUGCUGCAGGAUGCAUCAGUCCUCACUGAGACAGGUGGGAUCAAGCCCCGGCCCCACUUUGCCAAGCAGCCCCUGCAGUGGGAAGAGGACAUCCAGCUCUACUCCUGGUUCCUGGACAGGAAGGAGGAGCUGAGAGCGUCCUACACCAGCUAUGUCCAGCAGCACCCGGAGCUCAAGGCACAGAUGGCUGACUUCCUCCUGACCCUGCUCCUCCAGCGGCCCCACGACUCUGUCUCCUUUGCCACCCAAUUCUUCACCUCCUUGGCUUGCCAGCAGCCCCCUGGGAGCCCCUUUGCCUCUGCUGAGGCUGCCAGACCCCUCCCCAGUCCCCCACCUCACCAUUCUCCAGCUAACAGAGAAUAAAGCUGCCAGCACUGCCUGUC